CCCCUGGCUAGCUUUAGAGAGACACAUGCACAGGACAAGAGCACGGACUUGCUGGCCAGUCCCACUUCCUUGAAUUGUGGGAGGGGCUCGCUGGCUCUCUCUCUGUUUUAGGUCUGAUUUCAGGUCCCAGAGGUACUAGGUGUCACUCUGAUUACAAAGCUCUCUCUGAAAACAAAACCUAAGAAUGCUUCGAGUGUCCUUGUUAGUGGUGGUGGUGUUGGGUUGUCUCCUGGCCUCCUCAGUAUGCAGGGCUCAGGUGUACUAUGUCAAACCUUCACAGCCUCCAAACACCAACUGUCCUAGUAAGCCGUGUCACACUCUCAAUUACUAUGCUCAGAACGCUACAUUGCUUAGUGGAAAAAGCAAUGUCACAUUACUGUUUGUUGAGGGUGUCCAUCUUUUAACCGAGCCAAAGUUUGAAAUUGCUAAUACAACGAAUGUAGCGCUGGUUGGCAUAUCCAUUCAAGCUCCUAAUGUUAGUUUUUCAGUUGGUGGACAAUUUAAUUUUACGAUGAUUGAUGAGCUAGUAAUAAGCAACUUGUUCUUUCAAUAUGACUCCGUAAACCUUUCGGAGUCAGCGUGUGAAACAAAAGUAAGUGUGUCUCACAUUAGGAGAUUCUCGCAAAAUCACAUUAAAUCUACCCGCGUUUGUUUAACCCUUGAAAUGACGAGGGAAUUUCAGCUAUACAAUUCAUUCUAUAAUAAUGGAAAAAUUGUUUAUACCAAUCGAACGAUCAUUAAUACUCAUAGAUUGGAUUUGAUUUCAAUGUCUAUUCACCAUUGUUCAUUUGUGUCGUCUGAACUUUCCAUAAAUCUGAACAGUGCAAUUAACACAACUUUUAAUGGAACCAUUAGCAGUUCGCAUGGUGUUUCUAUUGAGUCAGUAAUUGCUAGUCCAGGUUUCACGGUGUACCUAACAGUAAAUGGCUGUCACAAAAUAGGAAUUAACAUUCAGUUAAAUUCGAUGAUUAGCAGGUUUAAGCUAAGAGUUGAAGGUAGUAAGGUUGAAUCAAUAAUUCUGUGGAGCUCACAACUUCAAAAAAAUGCAGUAAUCAGGGUUUCGAAUAGCUCUAUCUUUGAUGGAGUACUUGAUUGUGAAAAUGUUACAAAUGUCACUCUCAGCCAGCUUUCACUAAAUCUUUCUGAAAUAUUUCUGUUGACGAAGUACUGUAGACUUGAAAAUAUUAAUGUUUCAAGCAGUCCUGGCAUGUAUAUUGGCGGCCGUUCAACAGUAGUUAUCGAUGGAUGUAUAUUUGAAAAUGCAACAGAUAUAAGAAGUUCUUAUUCACCAUUAAUCCUGUCUUUUGUGGACUUGCACUUUAACGGGAUUACAAUAUUCAGGAACAAUAUUGGCUAUCGUGGUGGAGCAAUGUAUUUCUUCAAUACUAAAAUGUAUCUUACAAACCAGUCUAAAGUAAUAUUUCAAAACAAUACUGCACAAGACAAGGGUGGUGCUGUAUAUGUACAAAAUCCAAUUGACAAUGAACUUGGAACAGAAAUCAAUUUUCCAUCAGUGGACAUGAAGAGGAGGCAUCAGUGUGUGUUCAGUUUAUCGUACAAUCUUACUGAUGGAGAAAGACCCAAUAGUUCAGUUAUCUUUAAAGGAAACAGUGCAAAGAACGGUGGUAGUGAUGUAUAUGGUACUUCACUGAAGUCAGAUUGUUUUGUUACUCCUAGCGCAUGGCAAAACUUUAGCUAUGAGGUUCAGAGUGAUAUAUUUAAAUUUGAUUCAAACACACACUCAAAACUUUCAUCAGUUUCUUCCGACCCAACCCGAGUUUGCUUCUGUGAUGAAAAUGGGAGACCAAAGUGUGCUUCCUAUUCUUACAUUGUUCAGCAUCGAACACUUUCCCCAGGUGAGAAGUUCAAUGUCAGUUUGGCACUGGUCGGUGGCGAUUUUGGUGUUACUGGUGGACCAGUCCAUGCUCUUUUGUUUUCUGAGCAAGGAAAAAUACUUUCUUUCAAUCAAUCUGUCAAAUUUUUUUCUGGUACAGUUUGCUCCCUACUUGAGUAUGAGGUGUACUCGAAUAAUGAAAAUAGUACAGUUCUGCUAUAUUUUGGUUCCGACGUAAUCUCUAUUAAGAAAAAUAAAUAUAAUUUUUCCCCCAACAAUGUGUCCAUCUUCAAAUACCAUAACCAUACUGAAAUUGACAAUAUUUUGGCCACAACUCCAGUUCUUCUGAACAUCACUCUACAGAAAUGCCCACUGGGUUUGACACUCAAAAGAGACACAUUUUCUUGUCAUUGUGUCCAAAGGCUAACAGACUAUGGAAUUACAACAUGUGCUACUGUAAAUGGAGAGGGGCUGAUAACCCGCAAUGGUACGAUCUGGGUGAGUAACUCAGAAGCUGUAGACAAUGAGACAGGUGUUGUUGCAUACAAAUAUUGCCCAUUUGAUUACUGUACAGCAGAAGAGGUUGCUGUUAACCUGAACAAGCCGAACACUCAGUGUGCUUUCAAUCACAGUGGUAUUCUGUGUGGAGGUUGUUCCCCAAACCUCAGCCUAGCGUUGGGUAGCCCUCAGUGUCUGCCUUGCUCCGAUAAUGGACACGUGGCAUUCUUUGUUCCAUUUGCAAUUGCUGGUUUGGUGUUAGUGCUUUUCAUUAAGUUGUUUGAUCUCACGAUAACCAAAGGAGCUGUCAAUGGACUGCUUUUGUAUGCUAACAUUCUGUGGACUAAUCAAAGCAUUUUCUUUCCUCAUGCAGUUCGCCAGUCAUCUUCUUUUUUUGUCACAUUUGUGGCGUGGCUCAAUUUGGAUCUUGGAAUUAAAACCUGUUUUAUUCAGGGCCUAGAUAUGUAUUGGAAAACUUGGUUGCAAUUUUUGUUCCCUCUUUACGUUUGGAGUCUAGCCGGGCUCAUCAUCUUAGCCUGCCGCUACUCUGACAAAGCUACUAAACUGUUUGGUAACAAUUCAGUUCAUGUUUUAGCUACACUAUUUCUACUCUCGUAUUCCAAGCUUCUCCGUACAAUUAUUACAUCAUUGGGGUUUGCUACUCUUAACUAUCCUGGUGGGACGAGAGUUGUGUGGCUAGCAGAUGGUAAUCUUCCAUAUUUUGGUGUAUGCCACUCAUUCCUUUUCAUAGCGGCAAUAUUUGCUUUGAUAAUAUUCUUGCUGCCUUAUACAGUAACAAUACUGCUAGUUCCAUGGCUGAGGAAAUGUGGUAAUAUCUCAUGGAUCAACAAGCUAAAGCCAUUCUUUGAUGCUCAUUAUGGCCCCCUCAAAGACAAGCACCAGUACUGGAUUGGAUUGACACUGCUUGUACGUGUGAUACUGGCCGUUACCAAUGUUGCAAUUCAAGCUAUUGAUCCCACUAUCAAUCUUCUUGUAACUAUAGCUUUGUCUUCACUAUUACUGUCUGUGGUUGGUUUUUCGUAUAGAAAAUGGUGUAUCUCGAUUCUUGAAAGCUCCUUUGUUGUUAAUGUGAUCGUUCUUGCAGGAGGAUUUUUGUACUCAAGUACAAUAUCUAACGAACAUUUUCAGAAUGCUUUUGCUAGUGUUUCUGUUGGUAUUGCAUUCCUCACAUUCCUACUAAUAAUCUGUGUACAAGGGUACACUCAAGUGAAGACACUUUAUCGUUGCAAAACUGGUGUGCGUAGAGAGUAUGAAAACAUUAACGGUGUGAAUGACUCUAAAACAGAGAGUAUCCCCCUCACCUAUUCCGUGGUGUCAUUGCACGAUGACACGACCCAAGACUACUUCCCACUGAGAGAAGAAUUGCUGGAAAGUGACCGUCACUGAAGACAGUGCAUAUGCAGCCCUUAAUAGAUAAUACUGUUUCUUAAUAGAUAUCUAAAUAAAUCUUGUUUUUGAAAGUUGCCAGAUUAUUAUUAGCUUUUAUGGUUUUUAUUAUAUGAAUAUACCUUUUAUUAUAGGAUUGCAAUGGCAUUUAGUAUACAGUGUCCCUCAGCACUGCUCGGUUUUCCACACAAUGUGUGUAUAUAUGUUUGAAUUUGUA